AUGAGCCAAUCACUUUCUGUACCUCCAUAUUUUGACGGAAGUAAUUAUGCCUAUUGGAAGGUUCGAAUGCGUACGUUUCUUAAGUCUUUAGAUGAGCAUGUAUGGGUAAGUGUGCAAAAUGGUUGGAAACCUCCUUCUACUAUCGUAUCAGGAACUGUUAACCUUACCGACAUAUCACUGUGGACUAAAGAUGAAAUAGCUGAGUGUAAUUGGAACAGCAAGGGUCUUCAUGCCCUGUUUAUGGCCGUGUCUCCCGAAGAGUUUAGGAGAGUGUCAAUGUGUGAAACUGCUAUAGAGGUUUGGGACAUUCUUGAAACUACACAUGAGGGAACUAAAACGGUAAAGAAUUCUAAGCUACAAAUGCUAACUUCUAGGUUUGAAGAAGUGAGAAUGAAGGAUGAUGAAACAUUUGACGAAUUCUAUGCUAAAUUGAAUGACAUUGUCAAUUCUAGCUUCAAUCUAGGAUCAUUGCAAACGUAUGAACUCACUAUUACACAACCUAAGAAAGGAAAGUCCAUAGCCCUAAAAUCCAUCAAAGAAGAUGAAUCUUCUGAUACUGAGUCACUUAGGGACGAGGAAAUUGCAUACUUUGUUAAGAAAUUCCAAAAAGUUCUCAAGAAUAGGAGAAAACCUCAAGAUAAAAAGAGUGGAGCCCCUAGCAGAUUCACAAAAGCAAAAACUGAAACGUUUAACAAUAAAGGGUCGAGUGAUAAACCAUGUUUGGUUAGGUGUCAUGAGUGUCAAGGUAUAGGUCACUAUUGGAAUGAAUGCCCUAGUUAUAAGAAGAACCAAAGAAAAGGGAAAGGUAAGGCCUUAGUUGUCUCACUUACAGAUAAUGAAUCUGAGACCAGUGAUAGACAUGAUUCUUCUAGUAGUGAGGACGAAGGAAACUAUAUGGCAUUUGUAUCGACUGUUAAGAGUGAAUCAGAUAAGGAGAGUGACAAGGUUGAGGAAGAACUUCCAAACGAUAAUUCUAGUAGUGAGGAUGAGGAUGAGAUAGACAUACAAGAAGCUUAUCAACUUUUAUUUAAAGAGAGUCUUAGAAUCAAAAAGGUCAAUAAAGUCCUACUCAAAAAGGUUGAUGAACUUGAAAGAGAAAAAGAGAAACUUGCUGGUAAUUUUCAGGAUUCUCUUAAGAGUGGUAGUGAGUUAAAGUGUGUCAAUGAGAAGUUAGAGGACAAGAUUAAGACUUUGACUAGUGAAUUGGAGAAAUCUAAUGCUCAUCUUUAG